UUAAGUAUGAGUUGGAUUACCACCUUAUGGUGUCUACUGUCAGUCUACACACGGAGAUCAUCUGGGCAGCAUCAAAAUCUUCAGCAUUUGGAACAUGAGUACCGAAUACAAGAGGAACUGCCGAUCGGUUCCCAAAUUGGAAACCUGAUGGAAGAUUUAUUGUUGUACAAGUCUCAAAGUUUGCUGUUCGGAAAAAGCCAGACCGAUAUCCAGUCCAAAAAGGAUGAUUGGAGAGAACUGUUUGAAUUUAGUGUCUUGAAUUCCGGACAAAUGGGUGUGAAUGCCGUAGAGGUCACAAAAGAUGGCAGAGUGCUUGUGGCGAGACGAAUUGAUCGUGAACAACUAUGCCUUGGUUCACAAUCAGUUGGUUCCCCUUUGGACAGCAUCUAUAGCGUAAAGUAUGUCUCUAAGCUUACUUCGCAAGGGUCACAUUCGUCAAUGACUUCAUCCUCACACUGCACCAUAACUCUGAAAUUGUCAGUCUUCAGCAGGGCUAUUCAGACAAAGGGAACCGGGGUGAAGUCAUCAAAGACGGAUAAUCCCCAGGCGCAUUUAACCGUACGACUGCUGAUAGAUGAUAUCAAUGACAAUGCGCCUUACUGGCCAGGUCAUUUAAAACGUUUCCAGGUUGUCUUUCGUGACGGUGAUCCUGUUGGUGAACGUCGUACUUUACCUCCUGCAGUCGAUUUAGAUUCGGGAUUAAAUGGCCGCCUCAUCUACGAGCUUGUUCCUACAACACGUUCUGACAAGAAUCCCGGAACCUUUAGCCUCGUUGACCAUGCUAUGGAGGGAAUUUAUCUUUGCGCAACGAAACAAGUCGAUCGAGAGGAGCGCGAGGCCUAUCAGUACAUUUUGAAAGCCAUAGAUCGUGGCAACCCCGAUGAUGGUCAUAUUCCCCCGGAAGAAUCUAGAUUCACUUCCACUCUUGUCAUUGACGUGCACAUCGAGGAUGUCAACGAUAACACCCCUCUGUUUGUCCAGCCAAUAUUUACUCCAAACACGCCAAUUCCAGAAACAACCCCAGUAGGUACUACCGUUCUGGUUCUGAACGCGACAGACGCUGACGCGGGAAUAAACGGUGCAUUCCAUUUUGGUUUCAGUAGGGAGCAUGCGUGGCUACCGACCGAAAUCUACGCCAAACAGUAUUUCGAUAUACGGUCUAACGGCCAUAUUGUUGUUCGAAGGCCCUUGGAUGUUGAUCGAGACAAAGGCAAUCAGGAGAUUUUUAGGCAGGAGCAAAGAAACGGAGUCCAGGGACUUUCCUCACCGGGCGCUAUAUUUUUAUCUUCUAAUCUGGCUUCCAGUACAGCGAUAAAAUUUCGUUUUCAUGUAGUCGUUGAGGAUGAAGCUGUACGGCCGUACAGUCGUUCAAGCGAGGCUGCUGUCGUCAUUACAGUCAGUGAUGAAAACGACGAAGCACCAAUUAUUGAAAUUCGUGAGGUGACAGAAGACAUAGAACAGAAGGCUCAUGGUGUGUCUGGUCCAACCGGGAACUUCAACUUUUUAUCUGUCACUGAGAACAAACCAAUUGGGACCGCAGUGGCCACUCUUCAGGCUUACGAUCCUGAUUUUGAGGGAACCGAUCAUGUCGAAUGUCGGCUGAAAACCCCAAACUUUUCACUGUUACAAACAUCGAACCAACAGAACUCUAUACUGAUGAUGACGGGGGCUGUAACGUAUCAUCUGCAAACCGCCAUUGAGCUUGAUAGAGAGGUAACUCCUGUACAGCUAGUCCCAAUAAGCUGCAUCGAUACGGCAGGUCAUUUGACGGAACGCAACUUUUCUGUUUACGUGUUGGACGAAAAUGACAAUCCGCCCAGAUUCGUUCAUAACACAUUCCACAUGCAAGUUUGGGAGAACAUGUCACCGGGGACGCAACUGCAGCGAAUGGAAAGCGCCCAGUCUUCCGUUCACUCAAACCUACUUUAUCACCAUCCUUAUUUUACGGCGGUUGAUUCGGAUACUGGUGCCAAUGCAGAUGUGUUCUAUCAACUGAUUGAGGAUGGGAUGAAUGCGACUACAUUUAAGAUUGAUCAAAAAACCGGAACAAUAACUACAACUGUCUCGUUCGAUCGAGAGGCGGUUGAUCAUUACACGCUGUAUGCUUUAGCAAUCGAUCAUGGCAUUCCACCCCUCACUUCGACAAGCACGGUAAAGGUGAGUUGUAUUUUCGAAAUUUACCAUGCUGAACAGGUUUCUGUGACUUACGUUUACCGCAUAACUCUAAUUUUGGGGUUUAUUCUUUUCACAUUUCAGAUUACCGUUUUAGAUGUGAAUGACAAUGCGCCGCAGUUUGGAUCUGCGGAAUACACAUUUCAUCUCGCGGAAAAUCAACCUAGAGCAACACAAGUUGGUCAGGUCACUGCAACUGAUUUGGACAGUGAUAUUUACGGCCCUAUCCACUACUUUGUUGGGGAUGAAUCGGACGCAACAAACUUUCGGGUAGACAAGAUGACUGGCGUAAUACGUUGCCGGCAAGCACUCGAUCGAGAAAAACAGGCACGUUAUGUGUUUACUGUUUUGGCGAAGGAUACAAGCGUUCAUUCAUCGAACAGCAAGUCGCUAUCCUCUCUGCAACUUACAGGAACCUGCAAGGUGACUGUACUAAUUGACGACGAGAACGAUAAUUGGCCCGUUUUUGUCAACCCAAACUCAACCGCGAAUACUCUUGCUGUAGCUGUUGAUGAAACGUUGGGACACAAGUUAGCCUACAUUCAGGCCACUGACGCAGAUGAUGGCGAAAACGCACUAAUCACCUACAGCAUUCGGUCCGGAAACACAAACGGUUUGUUUGGACUUGACAGUACCACCGGUCUGCUUUAUCUAUCCGGUCUGUUCAGAGGGACAUCAAUGUCUGAUCAUGACUCACUGACGAAGAACGUCACAGUUAAUUUAGCUGGCGACACCAGAGUAGAUGUGUCCCCUGCUCUUGUUGGCCCCAGUUUUCACAUGUUGACACUGGAAGCGUGUGAUCAAGGCAAACAUCCCAAACAAAAGUGUACACUUUUCAGCAAUCUAAAAAUUUUGAUCAACAAUAGGCUGGAUGGGGAAGUUGACGCGAUGGAGAAUGACAGCCAUAGCGGGCAAAUUUCAGACUCGGUUCUGAGAAGAAAAGAGAAAGCUGUACAGAGUCGAAGGAACGAACUAUUGUCAUCCGCGGCAAGCGGUCACACUGUGGGGACAAGCUCUGGUUCAAUGGCGUAUGGCAUGCUUGCAACCAGCAGAGCAACUGGACGCUAUUCGAUCAACGAAAUUAUCAUUAUUUGUCUUUCGGUGCUUUUCAUUUCCGUGCUUGCGGCAACUAUUCUUUUGGUGUGUUUGAUUCGGCACCGUUCCCUUGGAUAUUUCUCCCGGGAGAAAGAGAUCGGUAAGUUCAGUUUUGUGAAGAGUCAGCAAUUUCAGAGUAGUUGGGUAAACUACUGUAAUGCAUUCUCGUACUCAUCGUUUUGUCUCGCAAAGUACCGUAUGAAUGUUUUCUCUGUAGAAAGCAAUCCGGAAAUUGGCGAACCGGACUGGUCUGCAAGGAAAAUGAGUAAUCCACUGAGCUACACUGAUUUACAGUCACCCAGUAACCCUCAACACUCCGAUGGGACAAGUGAUUCAUCAGUGAAGGAGCAGCUCAAAGAUUCCAUCAACGAAUGCCGAACCGAACAGAGGAAUCUUGAGACAACUUUUGAAUCCAGUUUGGAAAAAAGCACCGAGACGCACGGGGCGUAUCAGUCCAGCUGCUUGACUAACAGUGCCUACCAAAUGCCACCACGAACAGUUGACACUCUGCGAAGAUGGCCUUUGAUUUCCGGCUCCACCAUUGAUUGUGGAGUGCCGGCCAAAUUCCAUCCCACGGUAAGUCGCCGACAAAGUGUACUGAUACAGGGAUCGUUUUUCAUUGAAAUGGUUAUAUUGGACUGUAUGAUUAGGCUAAUAAAAACUGUAGAUUCCUUAUAUAUCCAAUGGGAUCACCGGCAAACAAUACCACAGGAACAAUCCAUCCACUACACAACCAUAUCUCAGUUCGACCAGGUAAAUUUUUUCGAUAUGAUAGCUGUGUUCAUUGGCGUGUUUUAA